GUUUUGGACGAUUGUCGAAGUGUCGAGAGGCGAAUCGGUGGUACUAGUGCGGCCUUUCAAAAAAUGUCACGAGCGGCGUGCUGUCUGCAGUUAUAAUCGUACUUAUCUUUCAUAUAACCUCACAUAUUUCAAUUUUUAUCGAGAUGAUCAAUAUAAUUGACGAUGAUUCGGCUGACCACACAAAUUCAUUGGGGCGCGUAGCGGUUAUCGGUCGUGGGCCACCCGGUGUUGCAAUGUUUGAUGCUCUACUACGGCGUGGUGUUGAUGUCAUCAUUGGUGUUCGUACUUGACAUUGAGCGGUCCAGUUGUAUUGAUCCAUCCAGACUCGUCUGUAACAAGGAAUCUUAUGGAGAAUGGUAACGUGCAAUCCUGUGUUGUGAACUUGAGCUUAGCGAUCGCCACUGCAGAUGUACUUGUACUUUCUAUACCUUAUAAAGCCCAAGCGAGUUUCAUUGCCGGGAAUGCCCAAUCGUUAAGAAAACGAGGAAACGAAAAACUAGCUUCAAGUGGAAGGGCACUCGUUCUUGUCGACACCAGUAACGGUAGCGAGAAAUACCAAGAAACCAGCAUAACAGAGAGGUUGCAAUAUGGCUUAGUCACCAAUGAUAUCAACACUGAUGGCGAAACCGCAAUUGUGAGUGUAGUGAAGGCUUUCAAUACACUUUCAGCCUAUGCAAUAGGUCAAGGUGCCUCCUUGAAAAGAUGUUCAGAUACAACACCAGUGUGCAGUGAUAGUAAGUAUACAAAGGACGCAGCAAUUUCGAUCGGAAAUACUGUUGGAUUAAGACCAUUCAAUAUAGGGGCAUUAGUGUGCGCCAUCGUUACAAGUGCGCUCUUCUGUUUUUUCGCCGUAUAUUGCUUUAUUUGGUAUAUGGUCCUUGAUUUACCAGCUUUCGGAUAUCCGGCCUAUGAUCGUAGCCAGCCGACAAUCGUAGUAAACAAAACUCUUGGGAACACAGCACUCGUAUUGCUAGCUGCCACAUAUCUGCCGGGCAAGCUUGCCAUUUUUUUACAACUCUACAAGCGAUCGGCAAGAAUUCUUUUCCCAUCCUGGUUGUCCAGUUGGCUCCAAAUCCGCAAACAACUGGGUCUAACGGCCGCUUUCCUAGUUGUAUUACAUAUCAUAUUCACUGCGUUCAUUUUGACCGGUGCCUACGGUUUUCUUGUGCCUUUCGGUAAUGCGAAUGUGGAGCAGCCCGACAGAACCAUGAACCUGCUAAAUGAACUUGUGCUGAUGUUAGGAAUUGCUGUAUUUGUGGCGCUGGUACCAGUCCUACUAAGCUCGCUACCGUCAAUCAGCGCAAGUAUGACCUGGAGGGAAUGGGGUUGUAUCCAGAGGACCGUGGGCCACACAGUAUUCUGUUACUAUCGGGGCUUCGCGCGGGGUGCUACUUCUUGUCUCCCUACGCAUGCACAUAUCCUGAGAACUCUGCUACCUCCGCGGCUACACAAGCCACCCGUUGCGACUAUGUUGUGCCCCUGCUGAGUAGUUAUCCUGUGUACUUGCCCCCACCAGCAUCCCUAUCGGCUUCCUUAUAUAUUAUUGUGUGCAUUUUCUGGGCGAUACUCGCCGUACCGUAUGUGCAGCGAAGUACCAGGGCAAUUCGAAGCGGUGCUAGCGGGGAACGUUGGAAAUGUACUACACCCGAUCUUAUCUGUGUUGUCAAUGUGAACCCGUAGCCCAUGCCGACGAUUCAGGCGGACAACAAAAGCAAUAGUUGAACUACAUUUGUCUUGUGGAUUACCUAUUUUUAAGAUUUUUUUUAUGUUAUCGAGUAGAGAGGUGGUAAAAGCCGAAGGAUACCCGGCACCAGCUUCGAUUCUUCCUAAUGAUAGUAAGACAUUAAUGAGGCCUAGAUCUUCGAUACAAGGCCUCCUUAAAUUUUAGGAGAUAAUGUUUGGUAGAUAAUAGUCCCGGUAUAUGACUGUCUCUUCUCCCGAAUAAACCCAUCUAGCAUGACUGGCAAUACAAAUGUCAAAGGGCCCGUGUAUUCCGUAUCUUCAGCCAUGCGCAUAUAUCUAUAAGAUAUUGCGCAAAGAAUUGGCAUAUCUGACAUGAGGGGACCGGUACUUGUAGUCAGAUAUGUAGUGGAAGCGAGAAAGUAGACUUGAGGAAGAGUAUGCUUGAUUGUGUGCGAAUCUCUAUAACAUCGAUAUACAAUAGAUAAAAAUAUGCGCUCGGCUUCAGACAGCUUAUUUACAGGUACGCAUCAUAAACAUAUAUUCACUGUGCUGUGUAAAACGGUCUCAGAAAACAACAAACUCAGAACCGGUUUCGCCUGUUUUUUGGUAAAUGAGAAUGGUUAAACGAUUGUCAAAUUAUAGUGCCUAUGUGAAGUGUAAGAUACUCAGGAACACAUCGUCAUGUGUAUCCCCUAUAAGUGCUUGCGCCUUAUAAUCAUGUUCAAUGCUACAUGUUGAAGUGCUUUUAUUCUUUAAUAUACAUUUCAAAAAAUGAUUAUGUUCUCCAAAUGUAUAACUUAAGCUCCCAUCAUUCUAAUACACACAGAUGCUUACUAUGAUCGUAUAAAUCCAUUUCUAUUUUGAGUAUAGUCUUCGUCCAUACAGUCCAGACUUUAACACUAUCCAUUCGUGCAUUCUUAAGUUGCCCAGGCAAGUACAGGAGCACAGUGUAUGCCUCAGUAGUUUAUUCCACCUGUUCCGCCGGCUUAUUCUCGAGUGCGCACAAACCUUCGUAUACUCUCAUAAUCUCUGGCAGUCUACACCCCGCCCUUUGCGCUUCUCGCAGGACGUUCGCGUAGAUGGCCUCGAUCUCCAUGGGUCGGUUGGCAUCAUAGUCCGCCUUCAUACUUGGCGCGUACGAUGCCAUACCCUUGGCGCUCGCAAUCAUGUCUUGCAGAAAUCCUUCCGGCAUGUCAAUGUUGUCGAUACUCUUCGCGGCUUUGAUCACCUCCGACAUGAGCGCCUCUACCCUGGCACACGAGUCUGCUCGAUCCAAGUCAUAUCGGUAUUAAAAAGAAGAAUAAAGAAGUUUGUACAAUAUAAAAUGGCGG